GCCUAUCAGUGCGCGUCAGUGCCACCUAUCAGUGCCAUGCCCAUCAGUGCAAUCUACCAGUGCCUCCUCAUCAGUGCCCAUCAGUGCCACCUAUCAGUGUCCAUCAGUGCGGCCUAUCAGUGCCCAUCACUGCAGCCUUAUUAGCGCACAUCAGUGAAGGAGAAAAAUCACUUAUUUACAAAAUUAUAUAACAAAAACUAAGAAAAAACUUUUUUUUUUUUCAAAA